CAUGUGUGUGGGGCAUGUCAGCAUGUGUGUGGGGCAUACUGCCAUGUGUGGUGUGGUCAUUCCAUGGCAUGAGUGGAGCACGGCCAGGGUGCUGCAGCAGUCACUCUCUGCACUCCACACCACACCACACCAACAGGAUGGCUGCCUGCUAUGCCUGGGGAACAUCGACAAAGUUCAAUACCUCACAUCCUGGCUCUUCCCCUCUCUCCCAUCCCUCCUGUCCCUCAUCCCCCAUACCCCAUCAGGGCAUCGAGUGGAGGUGCUGCAGCAGUCACUCUCAGCUCUCCACAUCAACGGAGUGGCUGACGUGGCGCCACUGGAUUCGCUGCCGCGCCUGAGGGACAUCGACACUGUUCACGACCUGACAGCCUGGCUCGCAGAAAACCGCGUUGAGGUGGGCGGCGAAGGUGUUUUGGAGGCAGACAGUACGGUGCUGAGUGGUUGUGGGAUUCAGACGGCAAAUGAGGAGAAUGCUUCGAGGGCAGCGCAUGCAGGUGUGCCCCCGACAACACAUGCUCCUCUUGGCUGUGUGCAUGGAGCUAGGGUUGGCAGAAUGGAAGGUGGAACAGACACACAGGGGCUACUUUCUGUAGUUGCACGCUUGGUCAAGUAA